GCCGCCUUUUUGUCGUCUCUGAAGGUCAGGCACUACAAUAACGUGAGAGGUGAAAUUGCAAAUGCUUAUAGAAUUUUUUGCUGGUUUAACAAGGGCUUUAUUUUUUCUGUUUUAUUUUUCUCGUUAAUAUGCAUGUUUUAUAGAAAUGGAGGUAUGGCUAAGGUGCUGUUUAAUUAAUUAACGUGUCCAAAGUGAUUUGGGAUUGUUGACUAGAAGGCAGAAGAGAAGGACAAAGUUUCAUUAUCAGCAUCAUGAAUUCCUCACAGUAGCCAAAGAAAAAGUAACCUUGUACUUAAGGAAGAGUUCUGUGUUCUAAGGUUUAACUGUCAUAUAUUCACCUUGGAUCCUAGAUGAGCGUAUACUGUGCUUUGAAGGUGCCGGAAGGUUGCAGAGCCCUCGGGCUCCACCAUUACAGAUCUCACUCUGUGGCCAAGGCCUCUCCAAACCUGGCUUUUGUGCCAGCCAGCCCUCCUCCAGAUGCUGUGGAAGUGGAGGCACUGCAGCGCUUUGUUUCUCAUUCCCAGAGGCUGUUGGUAAUGACUGGCGCGGGAAUUUCCACUGAAUCAGGGAUCCCAGACUACCGCUCAGAAGGGGUGGGGCUUUAUGCCAGGACAGACAGGCGACCCAUCCAGCAUGCUGAGUUUGUUCGCAGUGCCAGUGCCCGCCAGAGGUACUGGGCAAGGAACUUUGUGGGCUGGCCCCAGUUCUCCUCUCACCAGCCUAACGCAGCGCACCUGGCCUUAAGAAACUGGGAGAAGCUAGGAAAGCUGCACUGGCUGGUGACCCAGAACGUGGAUGCCCUGCAUACCAAGGCCGGGAGUCAGCGGGUGAUGGAAUUGCAUGGCUGCACACACAGGGUUCUCUGUCUUGGCUGCGGAGAGCAAACUCCCCGCUCAGAGCUUCAGAAGCGCUUUGAAGCGCUGAAUCCCACCUGGAGAGCUGAAGCACAUGGCAUAGCCCCUGAUGGGGAUGUCUUCCUCACGGAGGAGCAGGUGCAUAACUUCCGCGUCCCGGCUUGCAGCAGAUGUGGUGGGAUCCUGAAGCCAGAUGUAACGUUCUUCGGGGACACAGUUAGCCGGGAGAAAGUGGACUUUGUGCACAAGCGCCUGGCUGAAUCAGAUUCCAUGCUGGUGGCAGGAUCCUCUUUGCAGGUGUACUCUGGUUACAGGUUUGCACUUGCUGCCCAUGAGAAGAAACUGCCAAUUGUGAUCAUUAAUAUUGGACCCACAAGGUCAGAUCACUUUGCAUCCAUGAAACUGAAUUCCCGGUGUGGGGAGUUGCUGCCUUUGAUUGUCCCACGGUGACUCAACUUCUAGUGUUAGUGAGCUAGGCACCUGCAUCCACUCAAGGUGCUUAUUGACCCAUCACAAUCUCUUAAGAGGGGCUAUUUCAACUCAGGAGGCAAACAGAGGUGAGAUCUAAAGGUGCAUCUUUUGAUGAGACCAGCAGAGAGCAGCAAACCAUCAUCCGUUCCAAUCAGAUCAGCUUCCUGCACUGAACCAUGGUCUCCGUUUACUUGGAAGCAGGGGUGGGAAGCGUCUGGUAUGAGAUUCUCUCAGCCCUGCCUGUCCCUACAAUCUACCGUGCCUCUGCUUUGGCUUCACUGCAAGGUGCUGGGACAGGGUGAUCAGACUUUUGUAUCUCCAAACCAAGACACUUUUCUUACAAUUGGCACGAGGAGGGUUGGGGAAGGGGAGCUUGGAGGAAGGAUUAGACAAAUUAGAAUGGGGGACAGGGAGAGCACAGAGUUGAAGAGGGUUUUAACAGCUGGGGGAUCUAAUGUCACAAACAGGUGAGAGGAGAUGGCAGAGCUGGGAGGAACCUGUACUAGAAACAAGUUUUCGGCAGAAAAGUUGAACAAGGGCACUUGCUAAAUGCAGCCGCUCUUCAGAGAGAGACUUUUGAGGGGUGGGUUAUCAGCUGAACAAGUCCUCUUCUAGCAGGGAGAAGACUGAACAUUACUGGGCCAGAGGAAGGUACUGUACAAUUUUGCAGUUACCCCUGGCUCCUAUUUGAACCUUUAAAAAAAAAAUUACUGGGAUAUUGCUGGCAUUUCACUGAAUCAGUCUGACCAGAGCGCUUCUAACUAAACUAUUACCUUCUCGGGAAUGCACAGUUGGGAGUAGAUUUUCAGUGUGUAAUUAAAUUUAAAAAUUGCUUACAAGA